AUGGCGGACCCUGUGAGCACCUGUGCCGUGAGUCCUAAAUCUACCUCUUUUCAAAGACUACUUUUAGUCAAAUGUACAAAGAAAUAUCAUUAUUUCUCCUUUAUAUUUUGUACCAUAGGUCGAAAUGUUAAUGGAUUUUCUUCAUAGCUGUGUGUAUUACUGUUACUAAAAAUAGCCACAGCUUGACAACACCAUGACUUGUUGAAUGUGUUUUAGUACAACCUGUUGUACCAAGAUCUGAAGAAGUUUUCAAAAAACGGGGAGCAUUUCUGCAAGGAGCUCAUGACAGUAUUUCAGCAAAGGUAUGGUCAAUGUCAUGUUAUGUCUUUGCAUACACAACUCCUUGAGAAUAUCGUUUAGUGAGGUAAUUUAUUUGAAAUUGUUAUUAUGCUAUCUAGGAUUGGAAAAGUAAAACCCUUUUGAACCUGGACUGCACAUAUUUCUAUUUCAUAAAAUGUCCAGUCAUUUAAAUGUAUGUACCAUACCAAUUUGGUCAUUCACAAUUGCAUGCUAAGGUCCUAACUUCCAGAUGUAAUUUUAAUUAGCUGUAGUUACUGUUUCACCUCGGUGUGACAACUAACAUCCCUUGAUGACAUUUAUUUGUGACUAGGGCUGAGCUGGAGAUCAGUUAUGCCAAGGGACUUCAGAAGCUUGCUGGAAAACUCAUGAAGGCAUCCAAAGGGAUGAAUGACAAGUGAGUUGGCUAUAGCUUUACAUUUAUAUUGCGCAAUCUGUAAUGCUUCAGCGAUACAGAUUGAAUAGAGCCCAUAUUAUAGUGCUCUAAACUCUCUGAAUGUUGUUGUUUUUAUUUCCAUGAAGUUCCACGUACCAAGCAUGGUGCCAUGUAUCUGAUGACAUGUACUCUACAGCAGACACACACAGGUAUUACACGCAUGACCUUAUUAUGAGGCUUUCCUGUAGUAGAUGUUGCUUGGAUAUUCUCUAGUCUGACUGAGUCUGAGGAAUAAUAAUAUGAUGGUUUGUUUUUAGAGCCCUAGGAAGUGCUUUUCAGGCAGAAGCCAUUUUAGAAAUUCGACAAGUCAUUGAGGAGCACAACAAGAGGAAGAGACCUGUGAGUAAUUUGGACCAUUUAUUCCUACCAUCACAUCAUUCUACAUCAUUCUACACAAUUCUACAUUGAGACACAUUGUUCUUAUCCCUUUCUUGAAUAGCUUGAUAAUGUUGUUGAAAAAAACAGAAAACUUGUUGUGACUAACUGGAGUGAACAAAUCAAGGUAAGCCUUCCUUAAAUUCUUUACCAAUUUGAUCAGUCAAUCAAGUCUAAAUUAACUCUACCUCCUUGUAUAUUUCUCAGACAUUACAUCCUUUGGUUGAUUACAUCAUUCAAAUAAAAUUAUUGGUUAAGAAUAUUGUUCAAACAUUUUCCCUCACAGAUGAAGAAGAAAUUGGUUGGAUUGACAAGAGAGCAUGAGGCCCUGUUCAACUUUGUUAAAAAGAAUACACACAUUUGCACAGAGAAAGAAAAACAGAAGGUACUGCACUGCAAUAUUUACUGUAAUACUGCCAUUGUCACCUCUUGAUAUGUAUGAUUAUGAAACCGUCGAAAUUCCCAAUGUAAUAAAAGUUUAGAAAGAUGGCAUUUCCACACCCUUAAUAAGAUUAGGAUGAUGACUUUUUCUGUUGUUAACUAGAUACUGAACAGACAGACAAAGUCUGUGGAGGCCCAGACCAGAACAGAUGAGGAGUACUUCACCAUCAACAUGGAUGGCCAUCAAAUCAGACUGAAGUGGGAAAACACACUGAAAAACUGCUACCAGGUUCUGACCAAUGCCUACAGCACAUUUCUUCCAAAAUAAUUUGUAUUGAAAAGAUAUGUACCUUCUGACUGUACUGUUGAUCUGGAGAAGGGGUCAAGCCAGAUCACCCAAUAAGUUUUGAUGUGCAGAGUUGAGUUGUAUUGUACGUCUCCUCUCAUGCUGAUGUUUGGUUUGACCAAGUUAGAGAUAGUCAGGUUUGAGUGUUGCAACAUCCAUAUUGUGUGCCUGAUAGUUAUACAGUAACUUUAUCAUUUCAGAUAAUCCAGGAGCUUGAGAAACAGCGGAUAGAAAUUCUGUGCAACAUACUGAAUAAAUACAACCUCCACAUGGCAAGCUUCAGACACACCCUCGUACAUGUGAGCGUUCUUCCCAAAAUGACUCUAAUUACAACCCUGUGACAAAAACUGUCAUAAUUUUCUCUUGUAUUACUUACAGAGCCAGAAACAAAUAGAACAAGCCAUCCAGAGAGUUGAUGUGGAAAAGGAUAUCCAAAGUCUGGUGGAGGAAACCAGUGUAACAGCAGAGGAGAACAAGGCUAAGUUUCUGAUGACUGAUUAUUUUGUAAGGGUCCAUUUUGUUCACAUAAUUGUACAGCACAUUUGUAUCUGUAAAUAGUUCUGGAAUUAGUGUGAUUUUGACCUAAGACAUACAGUGCCUGACCCUCAAUGACUUAUGUUAAGGAGGAGGACAGUAAGUCAUUGAUGGAAAAAGGCAGGAGAAGAGAUGCCAUCAAGUCCAAACUCCAGCGGCUGGGGGACAGUAUCACAAAAACAAAGAAAGACUGUGAAGGUAAGUGUUGAAAAACGAAAGCAUAGAAUUUGACUGGAAAUAAUACAUUUUUGAGUGACACCUUUUCAUUUUCAUGUCUUCCAACAUCCAAUUAAUAAUAGUUCUUGAGAGACUGGUGAAGACCUACUCUGAAAACCCAUCGUUCUCAAACAAAAAGAACCUGGAAGAAACAGAACAGUUGAUUGAUGAGGUUUUUACAUACACCAAUAGAUCCAGUUUGAAAAUAUUAUUUGAUCUUUUUCUGUAUAAAUUUCCUAGCAUUGUGUUGUUAAAUGUGUUUUCCUAUUGGAUGUCUACAGACCACUCUGAAACUGAACCUUCUUGAAGCAACUCAUUGCAAACUCUCCACCACAUUGGCUGAAUUGGAGGGAAAACCUCAGACUUUGCAUAGAUUCAGUGACAGUAUAACAAAAUGGAAAGAAAAGGUAGGUUCAUAUUCAAAGUGCAUUGGUCUGGGCUUUGCACAAGUUAAUGCUAGCCUAGAUUAAUUUACCAACAUACAGUAUACUGUUUUAUUCCAUAUUGUGCAUGUUCAAUUAGAUUUAGACAGCACAAACACAUCAUGGCGUAUCCUUUUUGAUGACACAAAAUAAUAGAUAAAUGUAAGUAUGUACAGUUGAAGUCGGAAGUUUACAUACACUUAGGUUGGAGUCAUUAAAACUUGUUUUUCAACCACUCCACAAAUUUCUUGUUAUCAAACUACUGUUUUGGGAAGUCGGUUAGGACAUCUACUGUGCAUGACACAAGGAAUUUUUCCAACAAUUGUUUACAGACAGAUUAUUUCACUUAUAAUUCACUGUAUCACAAUUCCAGUGGGUUAGAAGUUUGCAUAUACUAAGUUGACUGUGCCUUUAAACAGCUUGGAAAAUUCCAGAAAAUGAUGACAUGUCUUUAGAAGCUUCUGAUAGGCUAAUUUACAUAAUUUGAGUCAAUUGGAGGUGUACCUGUGGAGGCCUACCUUGAAACUCAGUGCCUCUUUGCUUGUCAUCAUGGGAAAAUCUAAUGAAAUCAGCAAAGACCUCAGAAAAUGUUUUGUAGACUUCCACAAGUCUGGUUCAUCCUUGGAAGCAAUUUCCAAACGCCUGAAGGUACCAUGUUCAUCUGUACAAACAAUAGUACGCAAGUAUAAACACCAUGGGACCACGCAGCCGUCAUACCGCUCAGGAAGGAGACGCAUUCUGUGUCCUAGAGCUGAAUGUACUUUGGUGUGAAAAGUGCAAAUCAAUCCCAGAACAACAGCAAAGGACCUUGUGAAGAUGCUGGAGGAAACAGGUACAAAAGUAUCUAUAUCCACAGUAAAACGAGUCCUAUAUCGACAUAAUCUGAAAGGCCGCUCAGCAAGGAAGAAGCCACUGCUCCAAAACCGCCAUAAAAAAGCCAGACUACGGUUUGCAACGGCACAUGGGGACAAAGGUCAUAGUUUUUGGAGAAAUGUCCUCUGGUCUGAUGAAACAAAAAUAGAACUGUUUGGCCAUAAUGACCAUUGUUAUGUUUGGAGGAAAAGGGGGACAGCUUGCAAGCCGAAGCACGGGUGGCAGCGUCAUGCUGUGGGGGUGCUUUGCUGCAGGAGGGACUGGUGCACUUCACAAAAUAGAUGGCAUCAUGAGGAAGGAAAAUGAUGUGGAUAUAUUGAAGCAACAUCUCAAGACAUCAGUCAGGAAGUUAAAGCUUGGUCGCAAAUGGGUCUUCCAAAUGGACAAUGACCCUAAGCAUACUUCCAAAGUUGUGGCAAAAUGGCUUAAGGACAACAAUGUAAAGGUAUUGGAGUGGCCAUCACAAAGCCCUGACCUCAAUCCUAUAGAACAUUUGUGUGCAGAACUGAAAAAGUGUGUGCGAGCAAGGAGGCCUACAAACCUGACUCAGUUACACCAGCUCUGUCAGGAGGAAUGGGCCAAAAUUCACCCAACUUAUUGUGGGAAGCUUGUGGAAGGCUACCUGAAACGUUUGACCCAAGAUAAACAAUUUAAAGGCAAUGCUACCAAAUACUAAUUGAGUGUAUGUAAACUUCUGAUCCACUGGGAAUGUAAUGAAAGAAAUAAAAGCUGAAAUAAUUAUCUCUACUAUUAUUCUGACAUUUCACAUUCUUAAAAUAAAGUGGUGAUCCUAACUGACCUAAAACAGGGAAUGUUUACUAGGAUUAAAUGUCAGGAAUUGUGAAAAACUGAGUUUAAAUGUAUUUGGCUAAGGUGUAUGUAAACUUCCAACUUCAACUGUAUGUAUGUUACUAUACAUCCUAACCAGAUUACGUUGUUUUCCAAGGAUUGCGAGCACAGUAUUGUUCAGCUGGCCCGUCCAGUCAAAAUCAAAAAGACACCAUUCAGAUCGCGUCAGAGGAGCUCCAUCAUUUACAAAGGACCCUAUCAGAGUGUGACAUCAGAAGAGACCUCAUCAGUGGAAGCAAACCCUGUCUACACUGCUGUCAUCCAAGAUACUGCAGCUCCAGGGGAAUGUGGCUCUGUCAAUGGAGCCAUGUCCAAGACUGAUGACGAAGAAGGUGACACCCAUCCACAUAUAUAAUUACAAAGAUGUAUCAUUCUGAUCUUGCCUACAGUGGGGAAAAAAAGUAUUUAGUCAGCCACCAAUUGUGCAUGUUCUCCCACUUAAAAAGAUGAGAGAGGCCUGUAAUUUUCAUCAUAGGUACACGUCAACUAUGACAGACAAAUUGAGGAAAAAAAAUCCAGAAAAUCACAUUGUAGGAUUUGGAAUGAAUUUAUUUGCAAAUUAUGGUGGAAAAUAAGUAUUUGGUCACCUACAAACAAGCAAGAUUUCUGGCUCUCACAGACCUGUAACAACUUCUUUAAGAGGCUCCUCUGUCCUCCACUCGUUACCUGUAUUAAUGGCACCUGUUUGAACUUGUUAUCAGUAUAAAAGACACCUGUCCACAACCUCAAACAGUCACACUCCAAACUCCACUAUGGCCAAGACCAAAGAGCUGUCAAAGGACACCAGAAACAAAAUUGUAGACCUGCACCAGGCUGGGAAGACUGAAUCUGCAAUAGGUAAGCAGCUUGGUUUGAAGAAAUCAACUGUGGGAGCAAUUAUUAGGAAAUGGAAGACAAACAAGACCACUGAUAAUCUCCCUCGAUCUGGGGCUCCACGCAAGAUCUCACCCAGUGGGGUCAAAAUGAUCACAAGAACGGUGAGCAAAAAUCCCAGAACUACACGGGGGGACCUAGUGAAUGACCUGCAGAGAGCUGGGACCAAAGUAACAAAGCCUACCAUCAGGAACACACUACGCCGCCAGGGACUCAAAUCCUGCAGUGCCCGCCAAGGACUCAAAUCCUGCAGUGCCAGACGUGUCCCCCUGCUUAAGCCAGUACAUGUCCAGGCCCGUCUGAAGUUUGCUAGAGUGCAUUUGGAUGAUCCAGAAGAGGAUUGGGAGAAUGUCAUAUGGUCAGAUGAAACCAAAAUAUAACUUUUUGGUAAAAAGUCAACUCGUCGUGUUUGGAGGACAAAGAAUGCUGAGUUGCAUCCAAAGAACACCAUACCUACUGUGAAGCACGGGGGUGGAAACAUCAUGCUUUGGGGCUGUUUUUCUGCAAAGAGACCAGGACGACUGAUCCGUGUAAAGGAAAGAAUGGGGCCAUGUAUUGUGACAUUUUGAGUGAAAACCUCCUUCCAUCAGCAAGGGCAUUGAAGAUGAAACGUGGCUGGGUCUUUCAGCAUGACAAUGAUCCCAAACACACCACCCGGGCAACGAAGGAGUGGCUUCGUAAGAAGCAUUUCAAGGUCCUGGAGUGGCCUAGCCGGUCUCCAGAUCUCAACCCCAUAGAAAAUCUUUGGAGGGAGUUGAAAGUCUGUGUUGCCCAGCGACAGCCCCAAAACAUCACUGCUCUAGAGGAGAUCUGCAUGGAGGAAUGGGCCAAAAUACCAGCAACAGUGUGUGAAAACCUUGUGAAGACUUACAGAAAACGUUUGACCUGUGUCAUUGCCAACAAAGGGUAUAUAACAAAGUAUUGAGAAACUUUUGUUAUUGAACAAAUAUUUAUUUUCCACCAUAAUUUGCAAAUAAAUUCAUAAAAAAUCCUACAAUGUGAUUUUCAGGAUUUUUUUUCCCUCAUUUUGUCUGUCAUAGUUGACGUGUACCUAUGAUGAAAAUUACAGGCCUCUCUCAUCUUUUUAAGUGGGUGAACUUGCACAAUUGGUGGCUGACUAAAUACUUUUUUUCCCCACUGUAUGUGUCAUAACAAGAAACACUAAUACAUUUCUCCUUCAGGUGCAGAGUGGUGUAGCAUUGGGAAAUGCAAAGCUGUUUACGAUUUCACGUCAGACAGAGACGAUGAGUUGAAUAUGAAAGAAGGUAAGGGACAAUAAAAAUAGGUAUGGAAGAAAAUGCAUACCAUCAAUAAUAAUAUGAAAUUCAUGACUAUACUAACAAAAUAAUUUGUUACAGGAGACCUUCUUGACAUCUAUCAAAAGGAAGACAGCGGUUGGUGGUAUGGGAUAUUGAAUGGACAGAUAGGCCAUUUUCCAUCAACCUACGUUGAGGAGCUGCCAAUGUUAAGUGUUGUAGAAACAUCAGAUGUAUGA